UUAAAUUGUUGAAAAUGAAUUAAUUGCCGGAACUAACCUAUUUGUGUAGUAGUAAGUGUGGGCAAUUUCAAUAACAAAAAAAUACUUCACAUUAAUUCUAAACUUAUUCGUUUCAUAUGCAUCAGUGCAAUUGAGGAACACCCUUCGAACUUCUGAUGGCGGCCAUUCUAGAAAAGUUCUCCUACCAAACGGUUAUUCGAUGUCGUUCGUGAGAAGCUUCGAGAAAGUUCGAGUCGAAAUUGAAGUUCAUAUAUAAAGAGGCAGAACGAGCGGGAGUUCAGUCAAUUCAAAUAAAGCGAUCGAGAGAGAAACAAGUGCGAAGUAACACAAGCGAUUACUUUACUGUCAAGUGACUAUUUUAGGCGAUAUACAGUUCAAAGUAUUAUUCAGUGAAAAGUUCAACGAGUGAAACAAAAAUGGUUAAAGCUCCAGCAGUUGGUAUCGACUUGGGAACAACAUACUCCUGUGUGGGAGUGUGGCAGCAUGGAAAAGUGGAGAUCAUCGCCAACGACCAAGGUAACAGAACGACACCUAGCUAUGUUGCCUUCACAGACACGGAGCGUCUCCUCGGAGAUGCUGCCAAAAACCAGGUGGCGAUGAACCCGAGCAACACCGUCUUCGAUGCCAAACGUUUGAUAGGCCGAAAAUUCGACGACCCGAAAAUCCAACAGGACAUAAAACACUGGCCUUUCAAAGUGGUUAAUGACUGUGGAAAACCGAAAAUUCAAGUGGAACACAAGGGAGAGAGGAAAACUUUCUCUCCAGAGGAAAUCAGUUCUAUGGUGUUGACUAAAAUGAAGGAAACUGCAGAGGCGUAUUUGGGAAGUUCGAUCAGAGAUGCCGUUAUAACAGUGCCAGCUUACUUCAACGACUCCCAGAGGCAAGCCACGAAGGAUGCAGGUGCUAUUGCUGGCUUGAACGUUUUGAGGAUUAUAAAUGAGCCAACAGCAGCCGCUCUAGCAUACGGGCUCGACAAGAACUUGAAAGGUGAACGAAAUGUGCUCAUCUUCGACUUGGGUGGUGGCACUUUUGAUGUUUCUAUUUUGACCAUCGAUGAAGGAUCUCUUUUCGAAGUGAGGGCUACAGCAGGAGACACACAUCUUGGUGGAGAAGACUUCGAUAAUCGUCUAGUCAAUCAUCUAGCAGACGAGUUUAAGAGAAAAUACAGAAAGGACCUUCGAAGCAAUCCUAGGUCUCUGCGCAGGUUGAGGACAGCAGCUGAGAGAGCCAAACGUACACUCUCUUCAAGCACAGAAGCAACCAUUGAAAUUGAUGCUCUUUUCGAAGGCAUUGAUUUCUACACGAAAAUCAGCAGAGCCAGGUUUGAGGAACUCUGUUCUGAUCUGUUCAGAGGGACGCUGCAGCCAGUUGAGAAAGCUUUGAACGACGCCAAAAUGGACAAGGGACAGAUUCAUGAUGUAGUCCUUGUCGGAGGAUCCACCAGAAUACCAAAGAUCCAACAACUUCUACAGAAUUACUUCAAUGGCAAGUCGUUGAAUCUGUCUAUCAAUCCUGACGAAGCUGUAGCCUAUGGGGCUGCAGUCCAAGCAGCUGUUCUAAGUGGUGAAACGGACUCGAAAAUCCAGGAUGUCUUGCUUGUAGAUGUCACUCCGCUAUCUCUUGGCAUUGAAACAGCAGGAGGAGUAAUAUAUUUCAAUAUUAAUGUUCAUUGCCCAACAAUUGUUGUCCUUUAUUGGAAAACAGAAAUAAAAAAUUAA